AUGCCUCCAAAAAAGGAAAACACGAAAAAAUUAGAAAAAGAAAAACAAAAAAUUGUAGAAGAUAAAACCUUUGGGUUGAAAAACAAGAACAAAAGUAAGAGUGUCCAAAGGUACAUCAAAGGCGUUCAGCAGCAAGUCUUCCAGACCAAAAAAAAACCGGACGAAAAGAAAAAAGAAGAAAAGGAAAAGGAAAAACUAAAUCAGCAAAAAUUAUUGCUCAAUUCGAUAUAUCAAAAAACUGAGAAGGUUAAAAAGAUUAACGAAACUUCGUCCACGUACGACCCGAAGAAGUCCAAGGAGUCCCAAAAAAUCGACAUCUACACAGACGUUCGGGACAACAAAAAUGACAAGGAAAAUGACACCAUAGAUCAGUGGGACAUAAACAAGCUGAACGAGGUGAUAAAUAUAAGACACAAAAAUAUUAACAAGACGGACAUCAUCUGCAAGUACUUCCUGAGUGCGGUCGAAAAUAAGGUAAGAUACGUAUUAAAAAAACCAGAGCCGACCGAAAAUGAGAAAGACGAAAUUCCCCUGGAGGACAUCAUAGAGGAGGAGAGAACCCAAUUUAUAAAUAACGGAACCGCGGUGACACUGGAAAUAUUCAAAAAAUGGUUAGCUGAAAGGGAGGAAAAAAAUAAGCUUAAGAAAGAAGAACAGAAGGACAAAACGGAGAAGAAGGGAAGGACCAACAUGCUCUCCGGGAAGGAGCUAUUUACCUACGACCCAACAUUAUUUGUUGACGAUGACAAUGCUGCGAACACGAAUGAGUAUGAUGAUCUGUUUUAUGAUGAUGAUGAACAGAAGGAAGAUACUCCGGAGAAGAAAAAUUACGAAAAUGGACAAGUCGAUGAAAAUGGUAAGGCAUCCCUAUCUGCCGCUGUGCACUUGGCAUUUGUGCCCAUUGUUCUCUGUGGGGGGGAUAUGUCCUCUGUGGCUUCUUACCAAUAA